GUAAUAUAGCACUCAUCUGCGAGGAGUGUUCAUUCGUUUAUACAGCGUUAGAGAGUAAAGAUGGCCAACUGGAUAAUCAAUCACGGGCUGGGCGCUUUCAUCGUGGUGGUGUGGAUGGCCAUCAACAUCUUUCUGUUUGUCCACUUCUACUUAUUCUAUGAUCAGGGACCACAAUUUGAAUACACUCGUGAACUUUUAGGGCCUGCAUUGGCCUGGGCCAGAGCUCCAGCUGCUGUACUCAACUUCAACUGCAUGCUGAUUCUUUUGCCAGUUUGCCGCAACCUGCUGUCUCUUAUCCGUGGCUCUUUCAUGUGCUGUGGACGAACAGUGAGGAAACAGCUGGACAAAAACCUUACUUUCCACAAAUUGGUCGCUUACAUGAUUGCCCUAAUGACAGCGGUUCACACUGUCGCUCAUUUGCUUAACGUGGAGUGGUACAGCAACAGCUUAGAUGGUCGAUAUGGGCUUGUCGCCGGGAAUCUGUCCAUGCUCGACGACUCCCGUCAAUUAAAUACUACUUACCUUAAUCCAAUUCGCUCCAGUUCUACGACUCCAACGGUUUUUGUAUUCACCACUAUCGCGGGUCUCACAGGUGUCGUCAUAACUCUUGCCCUCAUCCUUAUUAUCACUUCCUCUAUGGAAGUCAUUCGCAGAAGCUACUUUGAGGUCUUUUGGUAUACGCAUCACCUCUUCAUCAUUUUCUUUGCUGGCUUGGUUUUCCACGGUGCAGGACGAAUUGUGCGAAGUCAGCAAGAGACCGAUCCACCUCACAAUAAUUCCUUCUGUGAAGACCAGCCAGAGAACUGGGGGAAAAUUCCCGAAUGUCCAAUGCCACAGUUUGCCGGAGGGUUUCCUCAGACCUGGAUGUGGGUGAUUGGACCGAUGAUCAUUUACCUUUGUGAGCGGCUGCUACGUUUCAUUCGCUACAUGCAGCCUGUCGGUUAUAGAAAGAUUGUAAUCCGCCCAUCCAAAGUGUUGGAACUACAGCUGGUUAAGUCUGGAUUCAAGAUGGAAGUCGGCCAGUAUGUGUUCCUCAAUUGCCCAGCCAUCUCUCAGCUGGAGUGGCACCCAUUCACCAUGACAUCAGCCCCGGAGGAAGACUUCUUUAGUGUGCACAUCCGCUCAGUUGGAGACUGGACUGAAAAGCUCAUCAGUAUGGUCCAAAACCUACCAGAGGGUGGGCAAGGACCUAAGAUGGGUGUGGACGGUCCGUUUGGAACCGCGAGCGAGGAUGUAUUUCAUUACGAGGUCAGCAUGCUGGUGGGUGCUGGGAUUGGAGUGACCCCAUUUGCCUCUAUCCUGAAGUCCAUCUGGUAUAAGUUUAAAGACUCCGACCCCAAACUACGAACAAAGAGGAUUUACUUCUACUGGCUCUGUAGGGAGACACAUGCCUUUGAGUGGUUUGCAGAUCUCCUACAAGUCCUUGAGAAAGAAAUGGAGGAACGAGGAAUGAGGGACUUCCUCACAUAUAAGCUCUAUCUCACCGGAUGGGACCAGAGUCAUGCAGACCAUGCAAUGGUGCAUUUCGAUAAGGAUACAGAUAUCAUCACCGGCUUAAAGCAGAAGACUCAUUAUGGCCGACCGAACUGGGAUAGAGAAUUUGAGCAAGUUCGGCAAGAGAACCCGUCGUCUGUGGUUGGAACAUUCUUGUGUGGCCCACAAGCCUUAGCGGAGGUCUUGGAGAAGAAAUGUGUGAAGUAUUCGGACGUGGAUCCACGGAGAACCAAGUUUUACUUCAACAAAGAGAACUUCUGAGGAAAUAUUUUACAGGAAACCGAAUUCUCGUGAAAGACUUGCGCACUAGGGAUUGUGUUCUUCAGCAGUAUCAUGAUUUGUCAUUUCUCAAA